AUGAAGCGGAGAGAAUUGCUCAUAUCUGACGAAACCGUCAGUGUAACUCUCGCAUUGUUUAAAAAUGUCACCAAUGCAAAACAGCUUUUAAGCAUUUACAAUGAAAAAACAUUUGAAGGGUCUACUAACAUGAGGCAUUUCUUUCUUAUAUUAGAUGGGCAACUGGUUUACGAUGAUAAUCACAUAGUACACAGCAUUUAUAGGGCGUAUCACAAUUUCUUGACCGAAAGAAGAAUAACGAAAAAUAUAAUCCUGGAGGUUUUCUUCCUUCUCUCUCCUCAUGAGAAGAUCAAUGAAUGCCUCAGACAGUACCAAGUGCGAGAAGAGUCAUCCUCUAUUAUUUACGUGGGCGUGAAUAUUUCAGAUGACAAAGUGAAAGCUUUUACAGAAUUAAUAAACGGAGAGAUGAUUAACUUGGAUAGUAUUUCUUCCUUACAUGAUAAAAAACAAAUUUCAGAGAAUUUCAAAUGUGGAGAACAUGAAAUAAAUUUAGAACGUUUCAUUUACCAUAACAUUGCCUCGAAGAAAAUUAACUUGGGUUAA